AUGGUUACUUCGCCCUCGAAUACUGAUGAAACCGGUCCCAUAGCCAUCUCUAUCCGUCGAAAGCUGACGGCGCUCGAACCCUCUGAGAUUGCGAUUGUGAAUGAUUCGUGGCAACACCGACAUCACGCUGCAAUGAGAGCCCAAGGUGGAAAUAAUGGAGAAACUCAUUUCUCCAUUCACAUUGUGUCUGAUGCCUUUCAGGGAAAGACAACCAUACAACGCCAUCGCAUGAUCUACGAUCUUCUUGUCGAGGAACUGCAACAAGGCCUGCACUCCCUGUCCUUGAAGACCAAAACCCCAGCCGAGAUUCAGAAAUGA